UCCGUAUCUUGCAUGAAAAAGGAAACACCUAUAUUUUUUAAGAAAGUGGGAGAAGAGAAAAACGCGACGCCAGGAGGAUGUCCGCCACCGCAACCGCAGCCCAACACUUGUCAAAGACUUCUCCGCUUCUCGCUCCUGCCGUCGUCGCUGCGUAUGCUGCUUACCGAUAUAAGAGUGAGCUUGCAGAUGGAUGUCAGGAGAUCGUAGGGGCUAAUAAGCCCUUCUCAAGUAGCUCCAGUGUAGCGUGUGAAUCUAACUUGCCUGAAUGGCCUACUUUGUCGAUCAGCAGAAGCUCACGUUUCAGAUCUCAUCAACAGCUGCCUUGCUGGUCUUCUAAAGAGAACACAAUGUCACAUGUUUUGCCUGCGCACUCUUCAAUGUUUGGAGACAUCGAAGGUUUAUUAGAUACAAUACCCUGGUCACCUGCACAGCGAAGAUCCAUAACGCCCCCCAGAGCAAUGCAUAAGAACGAACUUUUUGGUUUUCGCUACCCUGUAUUAGCUGAGAAGCCUGAAUGGUGGUGGAGAACGCUGGCAUGUGUCCCUUAUUUGAUUGCUUUGCAAAUAUCAGAUACAGGAUAUUUCAUCCAACCCUUCCUUGAACACUACGAUGUCCUUGGAGAUUUGAUAUACUUUGUACCAGGAGCGAUCACGAGAUUACCUGUCUGGUUCUCUAUGAUAUAUUGCUACUUUGCUUACAUUGGGAUCGUGAAGAACAAAGAUGUGCCUCACUUCUUUAGGUUCCAUCUGAUGAUGGGCAUGCUAUUGGAAACAGGCCUACAGAUCUUGUGGUAUACAAGUAAUUUCUUUCCUCUCAUACACUAUAAUGGUAUGUUUGGGAUGCAUUACUGGGCAGGCGUGGGACUUGCCUACAUUGUGAUCUUGUUGCAGUGUGUAAGGUGUGCUCUUGCAGGCGGUUAUGCUCACCUCCCUCUUGUUAGUGAUGCUGCAUAUAUUCAUACUUUGUUUAACAUAGGAGGGUACCAACGACCUUUCUAGAUUUCUUUCUUAUGAAAAGAGGAAGAUCCACAGAGCUUGCAUCUUCAGGUUGGAGGGACUACGAUCCAAGAAAGACAAUGUGAUACACACUCAACAUUGAGAAACGAAGAAUAAGAAGUGGGAAGAGAAGGGAGCAGGGCUGGUUAGUCUAGAAAAAAAAAGUUGUAUUCUACCAUAUUUUAUAUUGAUUACCUCAAUGAUUCUGUAUUCCUAAUGUGUGUUUGAGAAGAUAUUUAUGGUCGAUGUUAGGAUGCUGCAGUAGAUGCAUAUUAUUUGUUGCAUUAUAAGGCCUAGUAAUCCAGAUGUUUGAUGA